AUGAAGAAGGCGACGAUAUCACGGCCUCUAGGCUUAGCUAAUCAGCGGGGCAAUUCUUGUGCGAGACGAGGGUAUGCCUCCUCGCUACCGGAACGUUUAUACCAAGAUUUGACAUCCCGCCAGCUUCCUUUAUUCUUUGAUUAUCUUCAUCCUCAGCCCUCCCACCUCUUGGAUCUAACAUUAACAGGCCUCUUUCCCAAUUUAGACACAUUCCCUCGAACACAAACCACUCUUCCAACUAUCAGUCGGCCUUCGCCUUUACCGCCGGCCCACCACCUAGUCUACUUCCCUCCACAAGUCACGCCGUCCCAGCUCUUACCCGACGGCACCGAUACCCUACAUUCUCCUGGUGCGCCUUUCAAUAGGCGCCUAUGGGUCGGCGGUGGGGUUAAAUUUGCAGAUACAAAUAAACUGAUGCUAAGCGGCCACCGCGCCGUAUGUAUUGAGGGAAUCCGCGAUGUUAUUGUCAAAGGCCAACAGGGAGAAGAGAAAAUAUUUGUCAAAAUAGAGAGGCAAAUAAACACCGUGGGGGAAGGCGAGACUGAAAAUGACAUAAGGAAACGAAUAUGGAGGAGUGAUAACAAGGAUAUGGGAGAGCACGCCCCAGUCGUCGAGGGCAGGAACUUGAUGUUCAUGCGCGAUAAAACCGCCGACCAAUUAGACCGGGAUAAGGCGAAGUUCUCUCAGGUCUCCAAAACAAUUAAAUCUCCCACAAACCCGAAGUUUCGCUAUCAGAUCAAGCCUACUAGGGCGCUACUUUUCCGUUUCUCGGCCCUAACUUUCAAUGCACAUUUAAUUCAUCUUGAUAAGGAUUACACACGAGACGUCGAAGGCUAUCGGAACCUACUUGUGCAUGGUCCUUUGACAUUGGCUCUUCUUCUUACGGCCCUUCGCCACCAUCUACAUGGGACUGGCCUGACUAUCAGCGACAUUGAUUACAAAAAUCUGGCACCCCUCUAUGUGGAAGAGGAGUUAACUAUAUGUGGCAAGCCAAAACCAACCAGAGAAAACGCCUGGGACGUCUGGAUCGAGGCAAAAGACGGAGGUGCAGCCGUCCGAGGCACUGCUCACGUUGGCGGCGUUGCAGAUUGGCCCUACGCUUCAUACCAAUGA